AUGUCGGAACUCUCAGAUCUAGUCGCCCACCUGGGCGACUCGCUUCACCAGCUCUUCAGUCUCGUCACCAUGGCAGGCGAGCGCUUUACCUCGAACCUGACGGCCUCCUUCUCGACCAUGACCAUCAAGCAUUGGAUACGGCUCGUCAUGAUUGUCGGCACCUACAUGCUGGUGCGGCCAUACAUUAUCAAGUUCAGCGCCAAGUACCAGCAGAAGCAAUUUGAGAAGGCGCACGAGGAGGAUGCGGCGGCGGCCAUCUCGCCCAACCAGCUGCGCGGCCAGGUCGACAUCCCUGAAGACAGCGACGACGACGAGGUGCCGGACCCCGAGGCCACCGCGGCUAGCACAUCGGCCGACUGGGGAAAGAAGGCCCGCAAGCGACAGAGAGUCAUGCUUAAGAAGCUCAUUGACGCCGAGGAGCAGAGGCUGCAGGAGCUCCAGGAGGAUGAAGAAGACAAGGACAUUGAGCAGUAUCUUACCUAG